AUGUCUUGGCUAGUGUUUCACGUCUACGAAAGCGAAGUUGUCUUCGCUGUAAUAUUCACCGUAAUAGCCGUUGUCAAUUUGGUUGGAAAUGGUCUGGUUAUAUUUGUUGUGAAGCGCUUUGUAUUCAUGAGGACACCAAUGAACUACCUGCUUGUGCACCUUGCUGUCUGCGACAUUCUUGUGGGAAUUUGUAUUUCGCUGGGCCGUUUUUUCAAAGUACAUUUUKAUCACUGUAGUCGUUUAGAGGGGGACAUGCUAUGUAAAUUCGCCUCUUUUGAUGAUAUUGUAUGGCUAGCCUCCGCUACCAAUGUCUUUACUCUUGCCGUUAUAGCGUGGGAGAGGUACAACGCUAUCAUGAAGCCCCAUGCACCGAGGUUCUCGAACAAGAAACUCAAGAUGGCGAUUGGGAUAUGUUGGGUAGCUUCCAUUAUCGUCAAURCUUUUAUAAAAAUAUUCAUAAUUUACAAUGAAAGUAGCAAAGAAUGCGAACUUGAAUUUCUGUGGGUAGAAAAAGUUGAUUCUAUACUCUGGUUUACUCUUGUUGGCCUGUUUCCGAAUCUGGUAAUGGUGGCAUUGUACGGAAGAGUUAUUUGCACGCUAUGGAGGUCCAGYCACAACGAAAGUAACGUUGCWCAAAGGUCGCUUCUAAAAUCGCGCARAAGAAUCACAAAGUCAGGUAUUACGGUGACUGUUUUUCUAGUGGUAUGCUGGAUGCCAAAUCUGAUUUACUAUUUAGUCGUGUCUCAUAGUGGCUUACCUUUCAACUACGUGCAACCACAUAGUUCAACAKUUUUCUGGCGUCGUGUAACUCACAUAUUUCUUCUUUUGAAUUCAACUGUGAACCCAUUCAUUUAUGAAUUGCCGGACGAGAGAUUCCGACGGUGCUUAAGAACCAUAUUCAAAUGUCGGUUCACGAGAGAAAAUCGUGUUCAUGCCGAAGUUGAUGCCGUUGUUAACAGAGUUCUUGCCUCCGAAGGAAAAAUGGACAACGAACAUAUAGAUGGCAAACGAAAGAAAGAAACGUUAAAGGACAUUGACGCUAGGGGAACAUGUUGUACAUGA